GGGAAAAAUGAUCACACGCUGCUAUUCGCUGGAUUUGGGGUCUGAGCUUUGAUUUCCCUUCUAUUUCUUUUCAAAAAUCCACCGAGAAAUCAGUCCACCAAACGGAGAAUCGUUGGUUCCUUAUACCCCUCAUCGCCGGUGCUCUCGAUCCGCCAUCUCCACCGCCAAGAUCCUUCUCUUGGUUGUUUAUUUCAACACACUUUCUUCUUCUCAUCAACUUUUUUUCCUUUUCCGCUCGCAGAUCUUCCUGUACCUUAUUAGUGUAGAUUAGAAUUUCUGUUCAAGAAUGAACCCGCAACAAGUUGCACAGUCCAGAUCUUCUGCAAAUGGAUUUACUCGUAGAAGAGGUGAAAAGGAAAUGGGGACUAGAGUGGAAAAUAAAUCUCAGCCUGGAAAAUCAAAUUUCAAUAGAAUGAUGACUGCAGCUUCCUCAGGUUUACAAACUGGAAACAAAGUGGGAGUUGAAAGCCCAUCACGUGAGCGACUGGUUUAUAUGACAACAUGCCUCAUUGGGCAUCAGGUGGAAGUCCAGGUCACUGAUGGAUCUGUGUUUUCUGGAAUAUUUCAUGCAACAAAUGCCGAGAAAGAUUUUGGAAUAAUCUUGAAAAUGGCUCGUGUAACAAAGGCUGGUUCAUCUCGAGGGCAGAAAAACAUUUUGGAUUCUGUUCAAAGGCCCCCUUCUAAAACGUUAAUAAUACCUGCGAAAGACCUCGUGCAGAUUGUAGCUAAGAGUGUAUCCGUAACUAGGGAUGGGUUGAUGAAUGAGCUUCAGCAUGAAAAACUGCAUGACAUUAUGAUAGACUCCUCCAUUUCUCAAUCUCGGCAUGUUGAGUUGGAGCGAGAGUUAGAACCUUGGAUCCCUGAUGAUGAUAAUCCAGAAUGUCCUGAAUUAGACAAUACAUUUGAUCGUCACUGGAACAGGGGCUGGGAUCAAUUUGAAGCAAAUGCAACAUUAUUUGGCGUAAAAAGUACCUUUAACGAGGAGCUCUAUACAACAAAGCUUGAUAGAGGUCCUCAAAUGAGAGAGUUAGAAAGAGAAGCAUUAAGAAUAGCUAGGGAGAUUGAGGGUGAGGAUACCCAAGAUCUUCACUUAGCCGAGGAAAGAGGCAUUCACUUUCAUGACAAGUUUGAUCUCGAUGAGGAAACCAAAUAUUCAUCUGUUUUCCGCGGGGUUGAUGAUAGUGGUUAUGAUGAAAAUGAGGACGUCUUGGAUUCACAAAAUAGUGAAACCUUCGGAGAUGUUUCUGAUUCUGUCAUCAACAAGUCAUCCAGUGACUUGGCAAGUGGGAAAAGUAACAAUGGAUCUCAAAUACCAUUAAAUUUCUCGACAUUGGCUGACAUUCAAGCUUCUCAUUUGAGUACUAGCAAUGAUCACCACCUAUCUGGUUCUUUGGAUGGUGAGAGGAGGAUUCAAGACAAUCAGACUAAUCAACAGCGUGCCAGAAGUGAUAUAGCCAAAGAGGAUACAGAUAAGCACAUGCUGUAUGAGCAAAGCCAGGCUCCAAAAUCUGAGGAGUCGUCACUGCAGCCAAAUAAAGAAAGCGCUGAUAAAGGACUUUCAGCGACUGCGACUGCAUAUGCACCAUCAGUUGCCUCGUCUAAAGCUCAGGAAAAGACAAGUUCUAGUGAAGUAUCAGAAGGUGCAGCCACUGUGAAGAUACAUGGGGCUACACAACCUGCAGUCUCUCGUGCACGGCCUGGUAGUUCUGCAUCAUCCACUUCAGAAUGUGGAAAUGCUGCCCCUGCUGCUGCAAGUGGACCUGGAUUAUCACCAAGCUCAUCAAUGGGUUCUCUGACUUCGGAAAAAUCAACAUUGAACCCUCAUGCAAAGGAAUUUAGACUCAACCCAAAUGCCAAGAGUUUUGUUCCAUCACCAGCACCUAUAAGGGCUGCAUCGCCAGUAUCGGAUGGCUCCUUCUAUUACCCAGCUAAUGUUGCUCCAGUCCCACAUAUGCAUGGCAUGCCCGUUGGCAUUGGAAUGGGACCGUCGUUUCCUCCCCACCAGCCUGUUAUAUUCGGUCCACAAGGAACACCUUUGCAAUCCCCCCAGACAUAUUUUCACUCAAAUGGUCCGCAGUAUGGACAGCAGAUGCUUCUGAGUCAACCACGACAGGUGGUAUACAUGCCAACUUAUCCUCCGGAAAUGCCAACAUAUAAAGGAAGAGAGUUUUAGGUGGUUGAUGAUGAGGCGUUGCGGGCGGUUAUGAAAUGAGAUGAAUAAUACAAACAAAAGCAACAGGCUGAUCCAACAACAAAGAGGAGGGAAGGAAAAAAAGAAAGCAUAUAAGGAAGCGUGUGAGACUAACCGACAUUGUGCUUUUUUCUUCUAUUAUUGUUAUUGUUAUUGUUAUUAAUAUUUAGAUUGAUUGUGUUAAUUGAAGCACAUCUAAAAUU